CUUUCCAAUGGUGACAUUCCACAUUGCACAAAACUCACUGAUAUCAUCUUUGAGCAGUUCAAAGUUGAAUGGAAGAAAAUGGUUCAGGAACUAAAGAACUCCCUUGGACGGAUAUCGUUUACUUCAGAUAUGUGGUCGCGCGGAAUAUUGCAAGGUUUCAUGGCAAUAACUGCUCAUUACAUG